AUGUUUGGGUGUGGGAAAUAUGGACAUAUAGCCCCGUAUUGUCCGGGAAAACGUGAUAAAUUACGAUGUGCAGGUUGCGGACGAUUUGGUCACAAUAGAGAAGAAUGCAAUGUUAGUAAUAUCAAUACUCGAGGCGGUUUUCCGCAGAGAGACAUGGGGCAGAUUGUGCCAAAUGUGAAGAUUAUUGAAAAUAGGGAAGAAAAGGAGAUAGGAAUACAAGAUUUUACGGAAAAUAAAGAUCCGAAUAUUAUUUGCUUUCGGUGCCGAAACGAGGGACAUGUGGCAAGAGAGUGUGAGUACUUGUGA